UUGUUGUUGACUUGUUCCAGCAUAAAAUGGCUUUUUAAAAUCUAAUUCAAUUACAAAAAUGGCUCUUAUAAGUUGUAUUUAGCUGAAAAUGGUUUUUCAAUUAUAACUAUGUGAAAUUAUAAAAUUGAUAUUCCUAGUUUCAAGUAUGGAAAAUCAGUUUUAUUCUGAAAACAAUGACAAUAUGUCACAGUGACAAAUCAGGUUUCAGUUUUGAGAAUAUUAUAAAAUGUAAAAUGGGUACAAUUGCUUCUACAUUCAAUUCAACAGCUCUAACCUCAGAAUCGAGUCCUACGGAUAUGCGUAUUGGAGUUAAAGGUUGGAAACGUAUUAAACAACAUCUUAAAAAAACAUUUAUAGAAGCUGUUCAGCAGAGUAACUUGAUUUUUUUAAAGGCUUGUUUAAAUCUUGGUGUAGAUGUUAAUGUUGAUAUUGAAGAUGGUGACACAGCUUUGCAUUUAGCCGCAGAAAAAUGCGAUAUGCCGGUUUUGAAAUAUCUAUUAACAUCUCCAAAAGUGGAUAUCAACAGAAAAAACAAUACGGGACUUACUCCAUUAAUGAAAGCUUGUAUUUUUAAUUGUAGGGAAGUUGUUCAACUAUUACUGAGAUAUGGAGCUAAUCCUAACUCGUAUUCGGAUGACGGAAAUAGACCAUUACAUUUCGCUUGUGCCAGAAGUAAUAUGGGGAUUGUUUUCGAUUUGGUCCAGCAUGGAGCUAUCGUUAACGUAAGAAACGUAUUUGAUAGUACCCCUCUAAGUAUUUCUGUGAUAGAUUAUCCGUCAUUACCUAUCGCUAAAUAUAUUUUGAAAAAAGGAGCACAUAAACACGGUACCAAGGAAUUUCCGUUACUUCUAGAAUGUGCAUUGUGCUGUAACACUCUUAAGAGACUUCAUAUUUUCAAAAUACUAGUAGACAGAGGAAUGGAUAUUCAUCAAGUUCAUCCGAUAGAAAAACGCAAUUGUCUACAUUACGUCGCGAUAAGUUCUUAUCUUCCUUUGGUAAAUUAUAUUCUUACGUUGAAUGUAGACAGUGAUUUGACUGUCCGUGAUGCUAGUGGAAGAACGCCACCAGAAAUAGCUGUAAUUCAUGGUAACUACACAGUUUACCAUUUGUUCCGAUAUUACCAUUAUCGUAUACUGCAAGAAAGAAAUAAUAGCGUUACGACAAAUGAUAAGAACACAAAUACAUCUCCUAAUCUAACACGAACUUCUAGCAGGAAAUUCUCUUGACGUUAGUCCAACAUAAGGUAUCUUGUUAACGAGCUAAUGGAAAAUAUCAUUAUGUAUGUUUAUUUAACUAAUAUGUGAUAAAUUAUUUUUUAAAUUUUAUUUUUCAUAAAUAAUUCGCAGAUACAAAGUUUUCUGUAAGAACCUAUCAUUAAAUUACUGUUUUUUCAAA